AUGGCCUCCGCGGAUGUGAUACGCAUUAGCGAGUGCAAGGCGGCAGUCGUUGCUAGGCUUCGGAAUCUCGACGCCGCGGAAUGGGGAAUGCUGUGGGAGAACGCGGCGGCGGCGGACGAGGAGGAGGAGGAAGAGCCGUUGGAGCAAGUGCCGCACAGCGCGCCGUUUUCUCUGUCAAGCCCCAUGACAGGGGCUGCUGGGGCGAUCAGUGCGAGGCGGAGCUGGGCGUGGCGCGAGAAGAUGAGGUCGUUCGGUCGACAAUUAAUGCCGCGGCGCGGCAGCUGCGACGACCUGAACGUCGCAAUUGCGACGGCUUCUGUAACGCCGGCGAAGCGAGCGAAAUCGUUUCCAGAGUCGAAGGAGCGCGGCAACGAGAAGGGCGCGAGGCGCGGGCGGUCGCGCGCGGACAGCCGGGGCGUGUGGCGGAGCGUGUACGAGCCGCGGUGGCUGGAGGAAGGGCUGGCGGAAACCUCUGGGGACGACGAGCGGCGACCGCACGGCGCAAAUCGCGACGAAAUGGGAGUGCGCAACGACACGGCGCAGCGCGCGGGGGAAUCAGGGUUCGCGGGCAGGGAGGGUUCGGCGCGCUACCAGCUGUUGCGACAUAACUCGCUUCCCUGCGCGUGUGCCUCGCAAAAGUGCCGCUCCUUGGCGCACUGCCCCCUCCACGCCGCCAACCCCCAUCCCCGUGCUCCGCGCACUCACCGCACUCCCCACUCCAGCCUACCGCUUCGAGCCUCGAUUAUGGCGACGCCGCGACUCACGGCGAGGCCGCCGUCUCCGUUCGUCCCGGCGGGCAAGAGUGGAUUGUGCUGCAAGUGCCACGUGGCGCGCGUGUACGCGCUGAUGGUCUUCGUCAGCCUCCUCGCGCUGCUCCUCUUCCUCUUCGUGCCCUGGGCCGCGUCGCACGGCGCCAUCCGUGCGACUGCUGGCGACGCUGUCGCCGUCGCAGAAGCAGGAACGGGGGGUCGUGUGCGAGGGAGGGGUAGGGGUCCGCAGCUCGAGCGCGGGGAUUCGUUGCAUUUUGGGGGGAAUGGGGGGAUUGCGGAGAGCGCAAUGCGCAUGGGCGGAGAGCAGGCGGACGUGAUUCGGGAAAAGGCAGUGACCAUGGCGGACGCUGCUGACGCUUCCCCAUGCCGCCCCAUGCCAUGCGCCACUGUGAGCGCCCACCAUACCCACCUCCUCCCUUUCUCCCGCGCCCACCCUCCCCCCACACGCUGCCUUCCAUCUCCCCCUUCUCUCCCCACGCCCCGUCAACAGCAACGGUGGCGCUUUGCGAACCGGGAGCAGCUGCAGCUGCAGCACGGCAUGCCGGCGGACUGGCGGUUCAAAGGCAACUCGCUGCGGCCGCGGGCGGACGGCGACGUGCUGGGGUUCAUGGUGCAGGACGACGGGUGGGUGGAGGACGGCCAGGGGGAGGGCGGAGGGGGAGGCGGAGGAGGGGGUGGAGAGCGGUCGGUGCAGGUGCCGCAGUUUGUGGAGGGGUUUGGGGUGCACAUAGAGCAGUACGCAGCCGAGUACUGGCUCACUCUUUCCCUGCUCGCCGGCGGGCUGCCCUCCGUGCAGCGCGUGCGGCGGGCUGAGGACGCCCACAUUGUCUUCGUGCCGGCCUUCUCCUCCGCCUUCUAUGCCACUCAGAUGAAGACCAAUGAGAGGCGGCGGCGGGCGGGGGACACGAGGAUACCGGAGGAGCAGCACUUGCUGGCAGCGGUCACGCAGCACGCGCUGUGGGGGGACGGGGGCGGGCAGGGAGGAGGGGCCAGCCAGGGGGCAGAGGGGCAGCCGGGGGAGGGCGAGCUGCUGGAGAAGGUGGAGGUGUCGACUGGGGAGGGCUCACCUGGUGGUGGUGGUGGUGGUGGUGCCGGGGAGGCUGGCGGCAGCAGCAGACGACGACUGCUGAGGGUGCUGAAAGGGGGACGGAAGGGGAAGGAAGCAGAGGCGGGCGAGCAGGCGCAGAACGCACCGGUGGAGGGUCAGCAGGGACCACCCGAUGGUGGGGCUGGAGAGGCUGAGAGGGCCGAUGCAGCAGAGAGGUCGCAGAGCGAGGGAGGCAAGGGGGGCCUUGUGUCUCGGCGGCGAGAUUUCCUCAUUCCAGCAGUGCACCCGCAUGCACUGUCGACGGUGCGGCAUGAGGUGGCAGCAGCGCACAUGCUGAUGGUGGACUUGAGCCAGCCCGCGGAGCAGGUGGCGCAUUUAGACAAGGACGUGCUCGUGCCCUACUCCGCCCUCAUCCCGCCCUUCCUCAACGACUCGCUGCCGGGGGAGACAGAGGGCGGGCACGGCAGUGUGGGAGCGGCGCAGGCUGUGGCAGCGUGGGCGGCCGCACGGCCCACUCUGAUAUUCUUCAGAGGCACGCUCAACCGGCAACAGGUGUGCAUGCGAGCUGCAGAGAGGGAUGCAAUGCAGGGAGGGGCCAUGCGAGUGCAGCUGGCGCGGCUGCUGGCGAACGUGAGUGGGGCGGACAUAGCGGAGGGGUCGCCGCUGCAGGGAGGGGUGCAGGCGGCCACAGCAGGCAUGCGCGCCUCCAAGUUCUGCCUCGUGCCUGAAGGCGACACGGCAUCAUCAUGCCGGCUGUUUGACGCCGUGCUAUCGCACUGCAUCCCGCUGGUGGUGUCGGACUCACUCGACCUGCCAUUCGAGGAGGCCCUCGACUACACCGCCUUCGCCCUCUUCCUCCCACAGGCCCUCGCCCUCCGCCCCGGAUACGUCGAGGCCUUCCUGCGAAACGUGUCGCACGAAUCAGCAUUCGCCAUGUGGCAGCGGCUGAGAGAGGUGGCACACCACUUUGUCUACUCCACGCCGCCCAAGCCCGGAGGGGCGGAGGACAUGAUCUGGCAGGCUGUAGCGCGGCGGUGGGCAGGGGACCACUACGGGCGGCGCUACAACCGGAAGAACCAAAGGAGGCGGAGGAGGGUGAUGGAGCAGCUGUUGGAGCGAGAAGGGCUCAGCGCUGCUCACAUUGUGUCCAAGGUGGACCUAGUUGUACCCUCCUUCAACUUCUGCAUCAUCGAUGAGGUUGAUUCCAUUCUCAUAGACGAGGCCCGCACGCCGCUCAUCAUAUCAGGGCCGGCAGAGAAGCCCAGCGAGCGCUACCUCGUUGCUGCGAAGAUCGCCGCUGCUUUUGAACGAGACGUGCACUUCACGGUUGACGAGAAGCAGAAGGUGGUUCUCUUAACAGAGAUAGGGUACGAGGAAGCAGAGCUAGUGCUCAAAGUGACGGAUCUGUACGACCCCAAGGAGCAGUGGGCGUCCUUCCUCCUCAACGCCAUUAAAGCCAAGGAGCUCUUCACCAAGGACGUGCAGUACAUUGUGCGCGACGGCGCGGUGCUUAUAGUGGAUGAGUUUACAGGGAGGAUAAUGGAGGGGCGGCGGUGGAGCGAGGGCGUGCAUCAAGCAGUGGAGGCGAAGGAGGGUGUGGCGAUCCAGAACGAGACAGUCAGUUUGGCCUCUAUCAGCUAUCAGAACUUCUUCUUGCAGUACCCCAAGCUGUGCGGCAUGACUGGCACGGCAGCCACAGAGGCAGACGAGUUUGAGAGUAUCUACAAGCUGGCUGUGGCCGAGGUCCCCACCAACCGACCUCUGCAGCGAAAGGACGAGCAAGACGUGGUGUAUCGCACUUCAGUGGGCAAGUGGAGGGCAGUUGUCGCAGAUGUGAAGGGGCGGCAUGCAGAGGGACGGCCGGUGCUGGUGGGCACCACGUCGGUUGAAAUCAGUGAGGCGCUAUCAGCCAAGCUGAAGGAGGCUAACGUCCCCCACCAGGUGCUGAACGCCAAGCCAGAAAACGUGGAGAGAGAAGCAGAGAUAGUGGCACAGAGCGGGCGAGUGGGGGCAGUGACGAUAGCAACCAACAUGGCUGGGCGGGGAACUGACAUUCUUCUGGGUGGCAAUGCUGAAUUUAUGGCCCGGCUCAAGCUGAGGGAGGUGCUCAUGCCCAGAGUGGUGAAGGCUGAUGACGUGGCGUUCAUAUUCCAAGGCAAAACGAAGAUUGCCGUCAAACGAACCUGGACGGUGCCGCCCAAUCUCUUCCCCUGUCCGCUCUCGCCUGACCUCACUGACGUUGUGAACGAGGCGGUGCAAGCAGCAGUGGAGGCGUGGGGGAGCAGUUCGCUCACAGCACUGGAGGCAGAAGACAGGCUGGCAUUCGCAUGUGAGAAGGGCCCCACAGCCGACCCUGUGGUGAAGCAAUUAAGGGCAGCCUUCGAGGCGGUGGAGGGGGAGUAUCGGCGAUUCACCGAGGAGGAGAAGCGGAAAGUGAUUGCUGCAGGAGGCCUGCAUGUGAUCGGCACAGAGCGGCACGAGUCACGACGUGUGGAUAACCAGCUACGUGGCCGCAGCGGGCGGCAGGGGGACCCAGGGAGCUCACGCUUCUUCCUGAGCCUUGAAGACAAUCUGCUGAGAGUGUUUGGGGGAGAGAGGAUCGACGGGCUGAUGAGGGCCUUCCAUGUGGAGGAUCUGCCCAUCGAGUCGCCGUUUCUGAACCGAGCGCUGGAGGAUGCGCAGAGGAAGGUGGAGAACUACUACUUUGACAUUCGCAAGCAGCUGUUUGAAUACGAUCAGGUGCUGAACAGCCAGAGGGAGCGGUUCUACUCGGAGAGGAGAAGAGCGCUGGAGACAGAGGAUCUGGAGGGGCUGAUGCUGGAGUAUGCACAGCUUACCAUGGACGACAUUGUCAAUGCAAACAUCGAUCCAUCGCUGUCACAGGAGGAGUGGAACUUCGAGGUUCUUACAAAGAAGGUCAAACAGUACUGUGCUCUGCUCACGGAUUUAUCAAUCGAUGACAUUAUCUAUCACAGCGACACUGUAGACACCCUAAGGGAUUACCUGCACCAACGCAGCAAAGACGCCUACUACACAAAGAAGGCAGAGGUAGAAUCGGCAGUCCCAGGGUUAAUGAGGGAUGCAGAGCGGUACUUUGUGCUCACUCAGAUGGAUCUUCUCUGGAAGGAGCAUCUGCAGGCGCUCAGGUUCACCCAGCAGGCCGUGGCUUUAAGAGGCUACGCGCAACGAGACCCUCUUAUCGAGUACAAGCUUGAAGGGUACAACCUGUUUCUCGCAAUGAUGGGGCAGAUUCGACGAAACGUCAUUUAUUCCGUGUAUCAGUUCAAUCCAGUCACAGUGAGUCAACCUGAGGGAGCACAACCGUCCAAGACUAGCUGA